UAUUGUAAAAACAGUUUAAGUAGGACAUUGAUAGUGAGUGUAUUUUAGUUACAACUUGUUCAGUGGAAUUGUACGUUGUCAUUUAUACUGUUAACUCAGAAAAAUAAUCCAAUAUGUCUAUUACGUUAAGCGAUGAACAGUUUAAACAUUUGUUGGAUAGACUUCAAAUAAGUGGCUCGAGUAGUGGGAAUUUUACCAAGUGUUCUUCACGUUUCAGUGGUUCAAAAGUCUCUGAUGUUAACGCAUUUAUCGAUGCUGUUGAAAUUUACAAAGAUUGCACCCAUGUGUCGGAUGAGAACGCACUUCGUGGUUUACCAAUGUUGCUGGAUGAUUUUGCUGCAAGAUGGUGGCACGGUGUGAAAUCAACUAUAACAACUUGGGACGCUGCUGUUGAUCUUUUAAAACGCACGUAUGGACCUGUUAAGCCUCCGUAUCGCGUAUACAGAGAACUUUUUGCAUCUGAACAAGAUUUGAUAACACCAACUGAUAUAUUUAUUUGUAAAGCACGUGGCAUUUUAUCACAACUGCCAGCUAAUACCCUGUCAGAAAGUAUUCAGCUAGAUAUGGUGUAUGGUUUAUUGAACAGAAGAAUGAAAGAGAAAAUUCCUAGAAAUAAAGUUGAAACAUUCACUGAACUUUUGGAAAAAUCACGCCUUGCUGAAGAAAUUUUCAAUGAAACUAUUUAUUUCGAACAAAAUAAAACAAAUACAAAGAAACUACGUUGUACUUAUUGCCGAACUGUAGGUCAUUCGAAAGGAGAAUGUGAUAAGUUGUCCACACGUCCUAUUGUGGAUACUGUGCCAUCUACUAUCGAAUCUCCAGUAGAAUUUUGUAUGCUGAACACAGAUAUAAAAAGCAAUUCAAUAGCACUUAGACCUAGACCCAUAAUGUACAUUAAUAUCCUUGGUCUUCAAGGUACUGGUAUUAUAGAUACUGCUGCUAAAGAGAGUAUUGCAGGUCAAUCAUUGUAUAAUGUUAUGGUUGCUAAAGGACAAACGUUCAAACAAGAUAAAAUUUAUGUUGGGUUGGCUGAUGGUAGUACUAAAUUAGAAAAUGUCCUAAUUACUUAUGUAGAUGUAAAGAUUCAAGGUCGUGUAAUACCAACAAGGUUUAUUAUUUUAACUGACGCUGUUAACAAUAGUACAUUGUUAGGAAUUAAUUUUAUACAAGAUGCUAGAAUAAGUGUUGAUGUCUCUAAUCGCAUGUGGUCAUUUUCUGAUGCACCGUUUGUCAAAUAUGAACUGCAUUUUGAGACAAAUCAAGCAAAUGAAGAUACUAAAGUUUAUUAUUCUGACUUUCUACGUUCCGAUGAAGGUAGUAUGUUACCAUCUACAGUAAAAGAAAAAUUCAAUGCCCAAUUGACAGAAAAUCGUCCUUUCUUUCCUUUUGUUGCAGAACCAACACCUUAUGGAGUAUAUUACAAGAACACUGAAGAUAUUGGUUCCGCCAUGUUAGAUGACCGUAACGUACAAAGAAAACCUAAUAAAGUUUCUCGACGAUAUACUAAAAAAAAGCGUAAUUGAAGAGAGUGAGCCGUGACUAUGUGACGAUUGUAAACAUUUAAACGCCAUAAGAGUUAAUGACUCUAUCUCUAUCUCUAUCUCUAUCUCUAUCUCUAUCUAUAUCUCUAUCUCUAUCUCUAUCUACAUCACCAUCCUCUAUCUUUAUCUCAAUCUCUAUAUCUAUUUAAUUUUUAUAUAUCAUUCUUAGAUUUGAAAUACAAUUACCACCAAUUCUAUGUACAUCUUCCGGAUUGUAAUAAAACAAUUUAGAAUUUAUCGCUACUUAUGUUUACCUUUUGCCCUGUGGUCAGAACCGGCCAAGUUUUAGUGUUAAUGGAUUGCAUUCGUCUUAGGCUAAGUCAAGUAUUAAUACCCGUCUAUGUAGACCAUUUAAUUGUGCUGUCAGACAGUGCUAUUUCGCCUUUGAAUGACUUAAACUUGGUGUGUACUAGCCUUAGACAAUUUAAGUUGUGUGCUAACUGGGAGAAAUAUUUCGUGUACCCAAAAUUAUCAUAGUGACAACUUCAAAUAUACUAGUUCCGAGUAACAUUAAGAAAGUACAAUUUUUUUCACAAAGUUGCCCAAAGUUGGUAUAAGAGAUUUAUUGUGAACUUCGCAGAUAUUUCUUGUCAAUUGAGUGACCUUACUAGGAAGAAUGCUCCAUAGAUCUAGUCAACUCAAAGAGAAGCUGUCAGUUUAUUGAAGAACCUACGUAUGUAAAAAAAAACAAUUAAUUUCUACGUACGUAGAACUGAUACGAGUAACUAUACUGCAGUGGUUGGACUGUCACAGGGGGUGAAUGAUGAAGAACAUUUGACGGAACAGGCUAGUCGACUUCUGUCAAAGACUAACUGUAACUAUACAUCUACGGAAUGAGAGGCUUUAACUACUAACUGGUCACUAAUUAAAUGUAGAGGUUAUGAUAUGGUUUACCGAUUACUGUCACUACAAAUUAUCAACUAUUGGGAUGGCUGCUGAAAUCAGUUACUGGAGACUUACCAGAUGAACUAUUCUUCUACUGAUACACAAAUUCCAAGAUGUGUCUAAUACUUCAAAAUUGUGUCUAUGGACUGGAUCCUAAAGCAUCCGAGUAUAUCUCUUGGAAUGUACCACUUCUUGACCCUCACACCUUAUACUGAACUCUGAGAAGGUGAACUCAAGUUGAAAUUAAGACAUGAGAAUUCAAAGAAUAUGAAGACUGCCUUAUUUGGUUCUACGUCGGCGGUGUAAAGUGUAACCAGAUAGGAAUACUAUGUAAUAAUGGACUGGCCCAAGCACUUAUUCCUUGUGUUAAAUUGAUUGUCGAUUGUUAGUAAUAUUUAAAUGCUUUAUGUAUAUUCCAAAUACCUCAAUAUAUUAAUUUGUCGUAA